AUGGUAAACCUCAACGUUUCUAGUGUGCGUGCUUCUCUGUUUGAUAACUUUAUCAACGGUAAUCCAUGUGAGGAUAUUUUUAGUCCUCUUAAGUUCACCUGUACCGUGUUUUACUCUAAUGGAAUUUGUUGUAAUUGUGAUUUUGAUAAGACUACCUCAAAGCGCCUAUCGGGAAUGAAGGUUGCAAUGUUUCAAAGGAACAUUACAAAGAGGGGAUCUGUGGCAACAAGGAAAAGCAAUGGGUACCCUGUCGGUCCAAUUCUUCUAGGCUUCUUUGUCUUUGUGGUUGUCGGAUCAUCUAUUUUUCAGAUGAUUAGGAUGGCAACCAGCAAAGGCAUGGCUUGAGGAGGAGAAGAGGAAGUGAGACGAUAAAUAGGACAGCGGCCCUUA